CAGUCUAAAACGGUCUGCGUAACUUGGAGCACAAAGGAGAACUGAAUUGGUGAAAGAUCGAAACAGAAGGGGGGCGUGACGACUCAAAACUUACUCAGACCGAACUUUAAACGAAGAAAGCAAAACUUAUUUUUGUUUCUUUGUUUAAUUCUUCGUUCACUUGGGAGCUUUUCUCCCUUUUACUCGGAGCAAUGAGUGCCACAACGUGGCCCACAAGUGUGUUCCAGAUUCUCAGCUCCUCUCCUAUCAGUCAUGGCCCAGUCAUGCCUGUGGAUAUGGCCAUGAGGAUCUACAUGAGUCACUCUCCCCCAGUCCGCAGUUUUCUCAGUUCAUACGAGGAUCUGCGCUCCAGGAACCAGACCAAGCAUCACAAUAACCACCACCACCUCCACCACUGCAAGACCCUGAGGUCCUGCCUUAGCUCCCGUCGCCUGCAUGAACCUCAGAGUCCCUGCCCAGGCUGGAAGAGCCUCCAAGCCAAGGGCAAGAAGAGGGUGGUGUUUGCCGACUCCAAAGGCAUGUCUCUCACUGCCAUCCACGUGUUCUCUCGGUUUGAGGAGGAUGCAGUGACAGCGGGGCUGUCAGAGCUGCAGUUUGAUGUGGCGGAUCUGGAAAACACCACCAUGGCCCUGAAGAUCAGCUCGGUUCGCAGCCUGGCACUGGAGUUCAAACAGCCUGCCUCAGACUACCUGGACUUCCGGAACCGCCUGCUGAAGAAUUAUGUUAGCCUGGAGAGCUGUUCUCUCCAAGAGAGGUCGCUCACUGGUACAGUCAAAGUCCGGAACCUGGGCUUUGAAAAAUCUGUCCAGGUACGGGUGACUUUCGACUCGUGGAAAAGCUACACUGACGUGGACUGCACAUUUAUGAACAAUGUCUACAGUUGCCAGGAUACUGACACAUUCGCCUUCGUCUUUGAGCUGCCAGGCUAUGUGGCUCCUCAGAACCGGGUUGAGUUCUGCGUGUGCUUCAAGACCCAGGACCAGACACACUGGGACAAUAACAAUGGUAAGAACUACAGGCUCAAACACAUAGGCUGGAACGGAGAGGACCUGCAGACGUUGCAUCCAGUGGACUGGAAGAAAACGAAGGAUCGCAAGAAUGGAAGAAAACUAGUGGAGAUUGAUGAGAACGUGAGCCCUUGUACGUCUAGCAAACUUUGCCCUGAGUGGCAAGACUGGAGCCGUAGUGAGAACAAGGCCCCUUAUUGGUAAAGUCUGAGAGUGUGAACCAGCACUUGGUCAAAACUGUAAAAAGCUUGUUGCACUUUAGUUUUAAAUUAGCUACUAAUUUAAACUAUAGCUUCUGUCUUGAAUUUACUGUCAAACUGACAAAUGGCUCUAGAGACCUCACCUUAUGGACAUGAUCAAAGGAGCAGAGGCAGUUGGAAGAUUGUGUUGGUUACUUUUGUGUAAUUUAGUGAAGUGCCUUUUCAAGAUCCUACUCACGUUUAAGACAGAUGUCAAAUUUCAUUCAGAACUCACAAUAUACUGUAAAAUAAGUAACUUUCUUAUGAUCAUUGCCCAUUGUAAGGGUAAAAGAUAAUAUAAUGCACUGACUAUGAUCAGCCUCUUGAUUUGAAUCAACCUACAGUAUCCUUCAUGUUGAAGGGUUUACGGUUCAGGAAAAGAACGGGUAAUUCUAUGGAAUCUGAAUAUGUGUGAUAUCCCAGUGCAAUAAAUGAUGAGAGAAAUAAGAAUACACCUUUGUACAAAACAUUUCAUAAAAGAAUGACUAAGAUGGAUGCAUAUGAACGUUUCCCUAAUCAUCUCCCUACACAUGUAGAAUAUAUUCUGUUUGUAAUGUAAUGGUGUGCCUUGAUGUAAAGCAGGAUUGCUGAGAAUAAUCAGGUAGUGAAAGAGUUAUGCAUUGUGACAUAAGGGGUUCUAUAGUGUUUCUUUUCCUUCCAGUAAUAUUUACAUGUAUGUUGACAUAACUGUGCUGAGUUUGUUUAAUGUUAUCUCACUGGUUUCUCUAAAUGCAAUUCAAUGUGUGUCUGAAAGCGAGUGUCAAUCUAAAGGAAAAGCCUCAGAUCUUAGUGUAUUUGAGUGUGGAAAUGUGAUAUUUUCAAAAUAAAUUUUUUAUAUUGUG